AUGGACGAGGCACUUCAAAUGCCAAAUCCUAAUGUAGAACAAGUUCCCAUAGCUACAUACAAAAGGGACAUACGCAAAUUACGAACUAUUGAGUUUGUUAAAGCUUCCGAUCUACUUGAUGCUAAAAAUUGGAUCGAUGACAUAGAAAAGUAUUUUGAGAUGAUGGACUGCACUGAAAUGCAGAAAAUGAUGAUAGCUGCAUUUUUCUUAUUGGGUGUGGCACGCCAAUGGUGGCAGACUAUGACUAGGACUACUAUAGAUAUAACCUCUAUGACUUGGGAAGAAUUUAAGACACGGUUCUAUGAAAAACAUUUUCCACGGUCCAUGAGAGAAAAGAAGGCGAUUGAAUUCAUGGAAUUAAAACAGAGCAACACAAUGACGGUUAGUGACUACGAGACAAAGUUUAUAGAAUUCUCUCGAUUUGUUCCUCACAUAGUGGCUAAUGAGGAACAUAGGAUUCGAAAGUUUGAGUGGGGUUUGAUCUCCCAUGUCAAAAGAUUGGUAGUUGGGUAUAGGUAUGACACUUAUGCAAAAGUUGUGGAAUGUGCCAUGGCAAUUGAAGAAAAUAACAACAAUAUUUUUUUUUGA